AGAUGGAGGAACAGCUGCAUUGAUUUGGUUUUUGUUUGCUGAGUACUGGGAGCAGAAAUGUAAGCCGUGGGAACACCUGGAGAGAGAGGAAAAUGGGAGAAGAGGAGGUGGUGGUGUCAGCUCUGCUACUGGCUCUGUGCCAAGCAUGCAUGCACACACACAUAUGCACGCACACACGCACACGUGCACACCUCUGAUGUGUGAGGGCGGCCUGGGAUCCCAAUCAGCAGCACUUAACAAAGCUUUCCUCUUUCUCCCUUUAAUCGCAGGCUCAAUUUGUCACUGGGGUGUCCAAUUUCUGAUAAGCGCUUUGACUGAGAGAUGAGGUGGGUGUUGGGAGCAACACAAAAUGGAUGCACCUGCUAACAAAUGAAAUCAAACCACUCCAUCUUCAUUUUCCCCUAUUUUUCCCGCCAGCUGGAACAAUGCUGCCUGCGCUUUAGCUCUCGCCGCAUUGACUCAUUUCCCGCUAACUAUGGAAACGGCCUGGCCGACUUACAGUUCGGACACGCUCGGAAGUCGGCGUUGAAAUCUCCGACGUGCCACCCGGGAAACAUAUCUAUUUCCGACCUGACAGGAAUUAAAAGCUCGGGUACAGGCAAAUAGGUUUCGAAGCGAUUGGAUGGCCUGUCCACCGUGCUCACUGCGCGGGUACCUUGCACCGACUCCACCAUGGCGCGUCACCGGUGUCUUCGACGAGGCCAGGCAGACAAAAUGGGUCCAAUAUCAACAUGCUAGUGGGAGCUAUGUGAGCGCUAACAAGCGACAUGUUGGUUGUUUACAUUUAAUUAUCUUGAUGGGAGACGUUUUCUUACAUGUGAAUGAGAUAUGAGGCAGCUCUCAAGUGGACUUGUCCUCCAGCAAAGGUCAGGCAGCGGGCUGCCAUGUGUUGGGGGGGGGGGUGUUUGUGUUUAGUCGGAUACAUUAAAAAUCCAACUUGCUCUUAUUGGUUUCCCCAAGGUUGCCUCCCCCAGCUUUAAUGUAAAAAGCUGUUUUGCAUAAUUUGCUUUUUGCCUCAAAUAAACAAAUUCAUUUUUUUGUGUUGUCAGAAUUACAAGAUGAUUGUUGUUUUUGUCGACAGAGCAGGACAGGCCGCUCCUACUGGAUACUUCCAUCUUUGUCUCAUUGACAAUCUGCAGUUCAACGCAGGCUCUUCUGUUGCUUUAGGUUUCUUCAUGCUGCCUGUUACACAACUUAGACAUUUAUACAUCCAAGCAACUUGAAAAGCAAGGCGCCUGACGUCUGACGACUUCUAUCGCUGCACGUACACACAAGCACUGAUAGUAGAUCGUUAGUCUAGUAUCUGUAUGUCUGUGUUGUUCUUACCAUGCCAUCCUAGUCCAAACCCCGCCGUCUGGCAUCUGACACGGCAGCAAUGUGACUCAGCACAUUGAUGUCUGGUGUGAUAUGGGGAUAUGUGGAGAUAAGACGGAUGCGGUGGCAGGAGAUGAAACGGAGCGGUGUUGCUCUCAUAUGUAUGAGCGAUGUGUCUCGAGUUGUGUGAUCCGACGGUUACCAGCAGGCUGAAGUUUCUCCAGAGGAUAAAAGCGUCUCUCCUUUUAGUGUUUACUUGCCUCUCAGGGUUUCUGCACUGUUCUCAUCUGGCAUAGCCGAGCUGGCGCAGUGCGGCUCGAGGGACGGCGAUUUCGGGCCUCGGGUCCAUCGAUCAGCCCACCGUUGUGCUCCGAAAACCUCCACAACUGGAAUUUUGUGCAGACACCUGUGGACUUUGGUGAUCUCGUGCCUUUUUCAUCGAGUGCCGCAAGCAGCUCGGGUUGAAGGGGUGGAGGGGUCUCUCUCUGCCGACUGAAAAAGCAAACGCCUCGGGACGUGCUGGAGUCAUCAGGAUCCAUUGUGAGAGUGUGAGGAGAAGUAUGUGUCCCAUGUUGCAUUAGUGUCUGUGUGAAAUGCUGGCCUGUCUGCCAGGGCCAGGUGACCUCCCCCUCCAGCUUCUCCCCCACACGCAGAUGAACACUGGACAUCAGAAAUGGGACACCACGCAAAGGAUGAGAUCCGCUCCGUUUCCAACCCCUGCAGAAUUGGAUGCUUUUGCUAAGAAGGUUGCCAACAACCCCCUCACCAUCAAGAUCUUCCCCAACAGCGUCAAGGUUCCCCAGCGGAACCACGUGCGGCGUACAGUCAACGGGCUGGAUACGUCGGGCCAGCGCUACAGCCCUUACCCCUCUCAAGCCAGUGCCAAGACAGGCCUCCUCGCCAUCAUCAAGGUACCCACAGUCAAAGGCGUCCUAAAAGAUUUCGCCGGCAGCCGGGCUCGCUUGCACCCCGAAGUCAUCAUGAACCCCCCUACCGGACCCUACCAAGUGGCCUCGACCAGCACUUUAAACCAUCACCCACCUCUGCCGAACCUUCCCCAGCUCCGGCAGAGCGUCCCACGUCAACCACAGGAGCCACCUCAAACUCUACAGAUGCCCCUCCAGCAACAGCAGGGUCACACCCAGAGCCUCAGACAUCCUUCCCACAUGGCCCAGCACCCUCAGGGCACACCGAGACUCCAGACUCUGCCUCAGCACCCGGCUCUUGGCCACCCACAGGGGCCCCCUACCGUCAUGCUUCAGCAGCAGCACCUCCAGCAGCAGCCACCACCCGGCCUGCAGGGGAGCAGAAAGCUGCCAGAUGGCGACGCACCGCCUAAUGUUACCGUCUCUACCUCAAGCAUUCCACUCUCCAUGGUCGCCGGGCUGCAGCAGGGCCACCAGGCUGACCUGAGCACCAUUGUGCAUCAGAUCAACCAGUUCUGCCAAGCUCGGGCCCAUGGCGUGGGAGCCACCUCCAUGUGCGAGGGCCAGAUCGCCAACCCCGGACCAAUCAGUCGCAACCUGCUCAUCAGCGCCUGCUCCAGGGUGUCCAUGCACAGCAACCCUGCCACCCCUGGCUUUCCCCCGCACAACUGCAUUAUUGCCGCCCAAGACAACGCCACGGCCCCGGUGGGAGCUCACCCGCCGCACAGCGUGGCUAUUAUGAACCACUUGCCUUCCAACCACACCGAUCUCAAGCAGCAGCAGCAGCACCACCACCAUCUGCAGCAGCAGCAUCUGCAUCAACAACAGAAUCAGCUACAGCAGCAACAACAACAACAACAACAACAACAGCUACAACACAACACGCAGCAGCAGAAGAUGCGCUCUUGGAAUCAGCACCAGUUGGGUCACAUGCCCCACAUUCAGAACGGUGGGACCCACCUCUGCGAGCAGCCUUCCAGGGACCCCGCCUUCCAUUUCAAGGGCAUGGGCUACCCUGCAGAGGUGUGCGUGGGUCAGCCUUACACACUGAAACCUCCCGUAGAGAGGCCCACCCCCUCCCCCCCUGUCAACAACGGCAUGGCCGGCCCCAUGGCCCACUACACCAAUGGUCACUACUUCCAGUCCCACAGUUGGAACAGCAGCAUCCUACCCACGCCCAACAGUGACAGCUCCGGGUCUCAGGACAUAGCCAUGCCAUUCCACGGUGCGGGCCCAGGGGGGUGCACCACACUAGACUGUGGGCCCCCUGGGGCCCCCCAUUACAGGCUAGGAACGAGCUCCUGCACCUCCUCUUCCUCAGCCCAGACUAAUCUGAUGCAAACGGCAGAUUACUUGGGUGGGGACUUCCAGACUCCCUACUUCCUUGAUCAGAAUCUAGGGUUGAUGGGCAAGAUGCACAGGCCUCCUCUGAGCAGGGUUGGCCCAGAGGUUGGGGAUGGCAGAACCGCUCUCAUCCAGCACCCAGGGUACAGAUAAGCUUUUUGCCUUGUCUCCACAAGAGUUAUCAAAAGCCCUUUGUUUAGUCUUAAGAAAGGAAACACACGAUUACAACUAAAUCGAUAACUUAAACAAACAACCUAAUGUUAAAGAGGGUAAAUUAAUAUAUUUAAUGAAGAGCAGUAGGGUUUUUUUGGUUCUUUUUUUCUGUUUUUUCUUUAAAUAAAUCUUGCAAGUGAUCAAUUGCUACUUUUA